AUGGGUCUCAACUACUUCGCAUCCUCGCCCACCGUAGUCCUGCCACCCCAGCAGUCACGAUCAUGCUUUCCUCACCACCACGGGGCGCACUCACCACCAGCAAUGGGUAAUUUCCGUCCAAAAUACCCUACUCCACCAUCGUUAAACUAUCUAGCGGCCGUUUCCAACAGCUCUGCUGGGCGCAAACGAUCCAUUGCCGACGUCGACGACCCGGAGGAGAAUCAACCCGUUGGAGCAGUCGUUACUCAAUUGCCCGUCAAGCCCAAGCCUGAGCCCAUCUAUGGCCCAGGUAUGACGCUCAUCUAUCCUGACGAGCCUGGGUACAAGAUGAUUGCCGAAUCCCAAUCUGGCACUUGGUUCGAAGAGAAGAUGGAGAAGGAAGAGAAGGCCGAGGCUGUACGUCCUAUUGCCGUCUCGCGCAAAUCAGCACGCAUCAGCCCCUCGGUCAAUGUAGAGGUGCCCUCACUCAACGACAUGGAUGCACAGAAAACCGAGGAUCUGAUUGACGAUAACGGCAACACCAUCAACACGCUCAUUGCUUCGCUCGGCGUUGGCUGGAAAAAUGUCAUGACCAAUCCCAACCUGCGCGACGCCGCACGCGCUUACUCGAGGGUCAUCGAGCGCCACUUUGACUUUACCGAUGCGCUCGUGAUGCUCGAGAAAGAGUCGCUUUCAGCUUACCUUGUUCGCGCCAAGCAACACGGCGUCCAAGGCUACUGGCUAUUCUCGGAUAGCUUGCAAUGGUGUCAACUUGUCGGAUGGUCGCUGGAACGCACCGUCGCGAAUCUCAUGUCUGGUCCAACCCCUCGUGUUGAAGGCGAACGCAUCAACGCCCGCCGUCUCACACCCCCAGUCUCCACUGCCCCGUUUGCCCAACCUGCCAACGACGCACUGGUUGACAUGGACGCCAUGGAGAUGUAA